AUGCUGGUCGAGAGCGAAUGCCAGGCCGACCAGUUGGAAGAGGACAUCUACGAGGACUGCUAUCUUUUAGGAAGUGAGCAUGACCCGGCAAUAUUCGACUUGUUCGUUCAGUGGCUGUAUACCCGAAAAUAUCAAGAGAAGGAAGAACUGGUGGAGUCUCUGGCAUCUCGAAAAUCUCUAGCAUCACCGCUUCCUAAUUCAGAGGACGUGAGCUGGAUUAUUCCACCUGAUGGUGUAAUGGACUGGGCCGUUAAAGCAGCGAUUCUGUGCUGGGAGCUCGGCGCUAGCCUGAGAGCGAAGGGUUUUCAGAACUACGCUAUGGAGCGCCUCUUCGAAGCCCUCUCAAGUCCGUUCUUACAUCCACUGAUGGCCAACUUGAUCCUCCACACCUACGAAGUCGAAAACGAGGGAACUUUGCACGGCACGUCGCCGCUACAGAGGUUGAUACAGGACGUCAUCGUUCGUAAUUGGGGUGAUGAUGACGUUGUCGACCACGUGGCUGGAGAAGCAUGGUCGAACUUACUCAAGACUUGUCCCUAUUUCCGCAAGGUCUUUAUCUCAGCGACCAAGCAGUCACUUGAGGAAAGGCGAAAGCACCAGAUGAGCUUGGAGAAUUAUCUCAUUCGUUAG